AUGCCUUAUACAAACGGGCACUCGGAUCCCCAGGAUUAUCAAAAGAUAUUCCAUUGGGCGGAGACACAGAAGAACGGGACGAUUCCAUCAUUCCGCACAAGACACAAUGACCCUUAUCAGUACCAAGCUGGUUUUGGCAACACAUUCGAGUCUGAGGCAGUUCCUGGCACCAUUCCACACGGCCAGAACAGUCCUCGCAACGUUCGAUUCGGUCUCUACGCUGAGCAGGUUACUGCUACUGCUUUCGUGGCCCCACGACACGCAAAUAAGAAAGCAUGGCUUUACCGCGCCCGCCCUGCAGUCGCGCACCAGGGCUUUACUGAGUUGCCAGACAACGAAGACACCGAGUCCAACUUCCUUCCCCUUAACCCUCGCAUUCAUGUUUCGCCCACACAGCUAGCAUGGCACCCCUUUGACAUCCCUGAAAGUGUUGAUGUGGACUUCAUCUCCGGUUUAAAGACUGUUGCCGGCUCGGGAGAUCCUACACUACGAGAGGGUCUUGCAACCCACGUCUAUGUCGCCAACACCAACAUGACAAAGAAAGCAUUCGUGAACUCAGAUGGCGAAUUCCUGAUUGUUCCUCAACAAGGUGCCCUGGAUAUUCAGACUGAAUUCGGUAAGAUCUAUGUCCAGCCAGGUGAACUCGUGGUCAUCCAACGUGGUCUUCGAUUCCGCGUGGAACUUCCAGAUGGCCCCUCGCGUGGUUACAUCCUAGAAGUUUGGGGAACCUGCUUUGAGCUUCCGGAGUUGGGACCCUUGGGUGCCAACGGAUUGGCUAAUGCGAGGGACUUCCUGAGUCCCGUUGCUCAUUACGAAAUCGCCCAAGAGCCCUGGGAGAUUGUGUAUAAGCUUGGUGGAAAGUUCUUCAAAAGUACCCAGAAUCAUAAUCCAUUCGAUGUGGUUGCUUGGCAUGGAAACUAUGUUCCGUACAAAUACGAUCUGACGAAAUUUGUCAACGUUGGCUCAAUCUCCGUCGAUCACAUUGAUCCAUCGAUUUUCUGUGUGCUUACUGCCAAGUCUCGCGAUCUCACAGCACCAUUAGCCGAUUUCCUUACUUUCUCCCCUAGAUGGGAUGUUGCAUCCCAUACAUACCGGCCACCAUAUUAUCAUCGGAAUGUGGCGUCCGAAUUAAUGGGCCUGAUCUAUGGCGAUUAUGGGGGCCGAUCGGAUGCAUUCAAACCAGGCAGUGUAUCAUUUGAAUGCGGCAUGGUCCCUCACGGGGUGGCGUAUGAAGAGUUCAAGGCAGCUAGCGACAACCAGCCUCCUGUCAUGCAGAUCUCGGAGGCGUCAAUUGCCAUCAUGUUUGAGUCUAGCCGACCGUUUACAAUUACUGACUAUGCAUGGAAGAGUGCUAAAAAGCACGAGCAUGAACCUAAAAUGUGGGAUAGCUUAGUGGACAACUUUUCCAAGCAUGCCAAGGAGGUUGAGGAGAUUCUGGCCAGGGCGAAGAAUUGA